AUGGAUGGUCAACAGCUCGUACAAGUAUGCUUAGGCUCCGCGCCAGGAAUAUUCGCUUCGGCAACAAGCCAGAAUCUCAGCCCUAGUUUCCUCGGCAACGAGGAGAUCAAGUUUCGAAACAAGCUUCUCAAUCUGUGUCCAGAAAAUUUAUGGCACAAUGGGUCAUAUGCCGCCGGAUGUCCUCGGCCAAUUCUCGUUGGCAACCACCACCUACAACAGAUGCAAGAUCUACAUGAGGCCCUGACUAUUGCCAUCAUUGAUAUCGUUCAGCGUUGGUGGAUCGACACGCAGGCUCAGUUCCCGCAGCGCAUGCCUCUGCAGCCAGAGGAGGAAGAAUUAUUAAUAUGGAUAGAAAGCCAAGUAAAAAUUGGCAUUCUUCCAGAUUUCGCCAAACGCCUGGGAUCUUGGCGGCCGGAUUUCUUGGUUGAAGAAGACGAUAACCAUGAGGAAAGUUUCAGGAUCACGGAAAUCAACGCGCGAUUUUCUUUCAAUGGAUUCAUACAUGAGGCCUACGGUCAAGAGGCCACAAACCAAAGCCUGAAGGGACACGAAGAUGAAUUGGUUGGAGCUACGGAUCCGAGUAUGAUUUUGGACGGGCUGUUCAACCUUUUUCGCAGAGAACACCCCCUACAUCUUCUCAAAGGCGAAGAGAACGGGAUUGAUAUCCACAUGUUCGUGGACGUCGUCCGGAGACGCUUCGGUGUUACGCCUCGUUUGAUCACGCCAGCCGAUCUGAGGCUCCUUUCUGAUGCCAGUAGUAGAACUGGAUACCGCCUCUGCUGCGUCGCCGAGAAGGGUGCUCCAACAGGUUUCGAAGCGGCGAACGGGGAAAUCUGGGAGGAAAUUCACCAGGUCGGCCUCGAACUGCAUCAGCGGGAGCUAGCUGCCAUGGAACGUCAGAUGUUGCGGGAGGUUAGCCUCCGAUGCUUCAAUGACAUGCGCACUAUACUUCUGGUUCAUGACAAAAGAAUGUUGGGCAUCGUCAAACAGGAGAUACCGCACUUGGUUGCUAGCGAGGUCCUAACACCAGCGCAAGGCAAGGCUCUCGACAGGGGCAUCGUGGACACAAUUCUACCGGGCUCGCAACAGCUGAGAGGCCUUAUUCAGACAUCAAUAUCGGACCCUAGGCUGAGAUUCAGUUACAUUCUCAAGCCGAUUCGCAGUGGGAAGGGUGAUGGUAUUGUGUUUGGCGAGGAUCUCCGGGAAGAUGAAUGGACAUCUGCCCUGCGCAAACUCAUUUCCCCAGAAGUUGUGCCAGGGGUCACUUGCGUUGCCCAACGCCGAGUAAUCCCGCGUGAGUACGACCUCGUGCUGAAAGGCACAGAUGGAAAUGUUCGUUAUCCUCUUGUUGGCACCUACCACGUCGUGAACGGUCAAUUGCUUGGUUUGGGUACAUGGCGAGCCAGCGGAGGUAGAAUUGUUGCGGUUUCAUCGGGGGGUUCUUGGAUCUGUUCGGUCACUAGGAGUCAAUGA